AACGAAGCCCUGAUGAUGACGUAUACAGGAAAUGUAAACAGAUUCCAACACUGUGUCAAUGAACGGAGUUUUAGCUUUUAAUUCUCCCCCAUAAACUAACUUUACCGGCAUACGUUAUGCAGACGUGGAGUCUCGUGUCGCUUUGUGUUUUAUUGGGCGUUGUUGUGAGAUGGGGCGUUUCGUUAAAUUCAUAUUCAGGGGCGGGGAAACCUCCCAUGUUUGGAGACUAUGAAGCCCAGAGACACUGGCAAGAGGUGACCUACAACCUCCCUGUCCAGGAAUGGUAUUUUAAUACCACUGACAAUGACUUGAACUACUGGGGUCUUGACUACCCUCCUCUGACUGCCUACCACAGCCUGAUCUGUGCUUACAUAGCCAAGUUAAUAAACCCUGAAUGGGUGGAGCUUCACAAAUCGAGGGGUUAUGAAAGUGCAGAUCACAAGUUAUUCAUGAGAGCUACAGUCCUUGUAGCAGAUUUGUUGAUAUACAUCCCUGCUGUGGUUCUGUACUGUUUAUACCUGACUGAUGGAUCCUCUAAAAAAAAGGUUUCCACUCUGUUCUGCUUCCUCCUAUACCCUGGGUUAAUCCUCAUUGACUACGGGCAUUUUCAGUACAAUGGAGUGAGCCUUGGUUUUGCCCUGUGGGCGGUUCUGGCUCUCGGUCUGGGCUGGGACUCGUUGGGCUCCAUGGCCUUUUGCCUGGCUCUGAACUACAAACAGAUGGAGCUGUACCAUGCUCUGCCCUUCUUCUUCUACCUGCUGGGAAAGUGUAUCAAAUUGGGCCCGAUGGGUCGAGGGUUUUUCCUGUUGGUGAGAAUUGCCUCAACUGUGUUGGUGACUUUUGCCCUCUGCUGGCUGCCCUUCCUAUCUGACCCCGGUCAGGCUUUGCAGGUGGUCAGGAGGGUCUUUCCCGUGACUCGUGGUCUGUUUGAGGAUAAGGUGGCCAACACAUGGUGCAGCUUGAACAUCCUGAUAAAGAUCAGAUCCAUCUUGUCCAGAGACUCCCAGAUCUACCUCAGUGCUGCCUGCACCCUCCUGGCAGUCCUACCUUCCUCUGUCAGACUCCUGAUGAAGCCCACCUUCUGGCAAUUUAAACUGGCCUUGGUUAACUCAUCUCUAGCAUUUUUCCUCUUCUCCUAUCAAGUUCAUGAAAAGUCCAUCCUUUUGGCUGCCUUGCCUGUCUGCCUCCUACUGAAUGAUCUCCCCUUGAUGGGUAUUUGGUUCCUGCAGGUCUCUACAUUCAGCAUGGUGCCUCUGUUUCUAAAGGACGGUCUGCUGGUGCCCCUUGUUGUCACCUGGCUGGCCUUCCUCUUCUUCAGCAUCUAUCUACUGUCCGCACUGGAGCACUGUUCAGAGGAAGAGCUGAGACUGGGAGCUUAUCACAAGCUGCUUAUCUGCCUACCAAAACUGGACCUGGGCUGUAUUGUAAGAUGGAAGUUCUAUAUCAGCGUCACAGCCAUGGUUGGUCUGAGCAUCGCGAAUGUAGCUCUGGUUCCUCCACCACAUCUUCCCGACUUGUUUCCUGUGUUGGUGUCUACUACUGCUUUCCUGCACUUCUUGGGACUAUUUCUAUAUUUCAACAUCGUCCAGUUAAGCGGGCCACCCAGCAGAAAGAGCCAGAAGAAGAUCAACUGAAUGGUGCCAAAGGUAAUGAUAGCACGGCAGGAGAUUUGUAGGUGAUUUUGCAUCAGGGAAGCCAGUGUUACACCGUGGGUCACGUCUGCUCUUAAUCUGCAUGGAGGCCUUCUUUUGUGCCAUCGUGACCUCAACACAAACCGUACAACCAUAGACCUGCAACAUAAGCAUAAUAACUUUACAAAAUUCUGAAUAUUGUAUUUAAUUUCUGUCCCCAAAUCCCCCUAAAACCUACACACUGGGCCAUUUACAAGCAAAAAUGUCAAAUAUAAUGGUUCCAACUUCUCAAAUAUGAGACUGUGUUUGAAUCUGUUUUUCCUCUUCUUGAAUUACAUUAUUGAAUUUCUUAAGAGACAGUGGCUGCUUGGAAAUGAUUCUGUUCCCUGAAUACUUAUUGCCCAAGUGUUUAAUUGAGAUGGUAUCCAGCAGAAUAGUUGAUAAUUCAUAUAGUCAUUGGUUGGAGCCCUUCUCACACGCUUAUUAAGGCAUAUUGUUGGUUGAAAAAAAUCAUUCUACUACAAAAUGACAAAUCACAGGACAAGUGAUGUCAAGUAAAAGGGAAAGGCAGUGGUAUUUCUCCAAUCUGGACCAAAACUUUUUUUUUAAGCUAUAAAAAUUGACAAAGUACUCCCUUCUUCAAACUACACAGUUGCUGACUAAUCUCAAAAGUCCACCAAAGCAAGCAGCAUGCAGCUGACACACUUGAUGUGGCUCUGUGCCUUUAUGCUGAAGCUGCAGGUGGACACAAUAAUAGGAACAGCACUCUAAUGUUCACUUACUGUUAAGACCACGGGGAAAAAAUGUUGGUUUAAUUUUGUGAUAACUUUUAAAGCCACAGUUGUUGGUGGUGACUUAAUGAUAUUACUGUAAGAUUUGUGUUUACCUGUUUGGGGACUGUGAUUCAAAUGUACACCUGAUGGGACUGGGCUCAGGUCUUGCAUUAAUGGUUGUCAAUGUCUUUUUUCUUUUUUUAAA